GUGGUUGGACAUUUGGGAAGGAACUCGAGGCGCAGGAGACAAAGCGAUUACACACGAUUCGGUUUACCUGGGCUAUGAGUAAAGUCUGUGCUGGGCCGCCCGUGCAAGCUACAAUCCGCCAAAAUGAAGCAGGAGCUGCCAGAUCGACAGGCGAUUCAGUGGCGGGUCUGUCAGUCACGGCCCCCGCACGGUGCACUUGUUCAGCGAACUGAGCCUUUCCUAAUUGGCCACCACCGGCCCCGUUAAGUCAAUACUUCACCUCGCCUUUGGCCAGUGCUGGAUUCUAUCGUCGCCCUCGACUUACCUGGGGAGCGAUUCGCCUCAGUACCACGUUUUGUCCAUCAGUUCUGACCUCAACUCUGCUGCCUUGCUACUCUCGUGCUACAUUAGCGAUACCCUCUUGCAAACCUGCCGGAAUCCAACAACGACCCUCACGCUUUUGUGCUUCAACAAACACUAUGUCGACCGCAGCCCGCCGCCGCCUGAUGCGAGACUUCAAGCGCAUGCAGACAGACCCGCCUGCUGGUGUUUCCGCAUCUCCUGUCCCCGAUAAUGUUAUGACCUGGAACGCCGUCAUUAUCGGCCCUGCGGAUACACCCUUCGAAGACGGAACCUUCAGGCUUGUAAUGCACUUCGAGGAGCAGUACCCCAACAAACCGCCAUCGGUCAAGUUUAUCAGCCAAAUGUUCCACCCGAACGUCUACGCCACAGGCGAGCUAUGUCUCGACAUUCUCCAGAAUCGCUGGAGUCCGACUUACGACGUUGCAGCCGUGCUUACCAGUAUCCAGAGUUUGCUCAAUGACCCGAAUACCGGAUCCCCCGCGAACGUCGAAGCGUCCAACCUGUACAAAGACAACCGCAAGGAAUAUACGAAACGGGUCAGGGAGACCGUGGAGAAGAGCUGGGAUGACUGAAAGUGCCGUGGCACAUCUCGAAGCGUCCUGAAUGGGCGUGGCUUAAUAUCUGGGAACGGCGGCCGCAACAUCUACUUGGGGAGCACGAUCACACCCGGAGCGUGUAGCAUGGGCUGUUAACGGCCGACCCACUCUUUUCGUUUCGGAGUUCUGGCGUUUUGGCCGGUGUCUGUUAGCAUUUGGAAGGCAUGUCAUUACAUUAGUGUCGGGCGUUGUUAACACAACAGCACUCUUCCUGGUUGGGCGCCUCUCGGGUCAGUUGGGAUUUCGAAGCGAAGUAGGGAGGGGAAGGCGGGGCGCGUGGUUGGAGUUUUGGCCCACAUCGCCACAGGAGAGAAACUCUGGGUACUUAGUUAAUGCAUUUAAUGGUCUUUUUAUACUG